AUGGCCUCGCUCCGGUCUGCAUUGAAGAACCAGAGCUUGCGACAGGCCGUACGACAAUACUCAUCGCAAACGACUCCUCCAACUUCCCCGUUCGCUCCCCGCCAUUUCCUCUCCAUCGCCGACCUCUCUCCCACUGAGUUUGCUGCCCUUGUUCGCAAUGCCUCUUCACACAAACGAUCCAUCAAAUCUGGGUCAAUUCCCCAGAAUUUGCUCGGCUCCUUGACAGGAAAGACGGUGGCUAUGAUAUUCAGCAAACGAAGCACCCGGACUAGGGUAUCAACAGAAGGUGCUGUGGUGCAGAUGGGAGGCCAUCCGAUGUUUUUGGGUAAGGAUGAUAUCCAAUUGGGAGUGAACGAGUCUCUGUACGAUACUUCCGUCGUUAUCUCGUCCAUGGUGUCUGGAAUUGUCGCCCGUGUUGGUCAGCAUGCAGAGGUUGCGGAUCUAGCAAAGCAUUCAUCCGUGCCAAUCAUUAAUGCAUUGUGUGACUCUUUCCACCCUCUCCAGGCUGUUGCCGACUUCCAGACCAUCUACGAAACCUUUACUCCUAAAGCACAUCACCUUUCAAGUCUAGGACUAGAAGGUCUGAAAAUUGCCUGGGUGGGCGAUGCCAACAACGUCUUGUUCGAUAUGGCCAUUGCCGCUACUAAAAUGGGGGUUGACAUUGCCGUUGCGACCCCUAAGGGUUAUGAAAUCCCGUCAGAUAUGCUGGAACUCAUCACGGAGGCUGGAAAGGGCGUUUCAAACCCAGGCAAGCUUCUGCAGACUAAUGUUCCCGAAGAGGCUGUCAAGAAUGCGAAUAUUCUUGUAACAGACACGUGGGUUUCGAUGGGUCAAGAAGAGGAGAAGGUCAAGCGUUUGAGAGAAUUUGCCGGUUUCCAGAUCACGGCUGAUCUUGCCAAGCGAGGAGGUGCAAAGGAGGGUUGGAAGUUUAUGCACUGUCUUCCACGACACCCAGAAGAGGUUAGUGACGAAGUCUUCUACAGCCACCGGUCGCUCGUCUUCCCGGAAGCUGAGAACCGGCUCUGGGCUGCGAUUUCUGCUUUGGAGGGGUUUAUUGUCAAUAAGGGAAAGAUUGCAUGA